AUGGCCGAAGGCGGGGCAAGCAAAGGUGGUGGAGAAGAGCCCGGGAAGCUGCCAGAGCAGGCAGAGGAAGAAUCCCAGGUUCUGCACGGAACUGGCCACUGUAAGUGGUUCAAUGUGCGAAUGGGAUUUGGAUUCAUCUCCAUGAUAAACCGAGAGGGAAGCCCCUUGGAAAUUCCAGUCGAUGUGUUUGUACACCAAAGCAAAUUAUUCAUGGAAGGAUUUAGAAGCCUAAAAGAAGGAGAACCAGUAGAAUUCACAUUUAAAAAAUCUUCCAAAGGCCUUGAAUCAAUACGGGUAACUGGACCUGGUGGGAGCCCCUGUUUAGGAAGUGAGAGAAGACCCAAAGGGAAGACACUACAAAAAAGAAAACCAAAGGGAGAUAGAUGCUACAACUGUGGUGGCCUUGAUCAUCAUGCUAAGGAAUGUAGUCUACCUCCUCAGCCAAAGAAGUGCCAUUACUGUCAGAGCAUCGCACACAUGGUGGCAAACUGCCCACACAAGACUGUGGUGCAGCCGCCCGCCAGUUCUCAGGGAAGACAGGAAGCAGAAGCACAGCCAUGCACUUCGACUUUUCCUCGAGAGCUGGGGGGAGGGCAUGGCUGCACGUCCCCGCCGUUUCCUCAGGAGGCGAGGUUCGAGAUCUCAGAAUGGCCAGGCAGGUCCCCUCAAGAAGCUUCCUCGGCGAAGUCCUCCGCAGCGCCGGAAGAACCAAGCAAAAAGGGGCCUUCUGUUCAAAAAAGGAAAAAGACAUAA